AGGACCGGUUGCCAUAGAGAUGGCUUGUGGGGUAGUUCCACAGCAGGCAGGUGGGGGUGGAAGAUGGGGCAGGACACCAAUAUGCUAAACACCCACCAACAGUUGGUCAGGACCACACCGGGGAGACAAGGGCAGGACACGAGGCUUCAGGCUCUGGGGACAGGCAUAGGGCUACUCAAGCUUCUGUCCAGCAUCCCCCGAGUGGAGCUGGUGAGGGAAGCCGGUGGGGGGCUUCCAACUGCCCAGCAGCAGGAGAGCCUGGGGAGUGGCGAUGGGGUGCCAGCUCAGGGCCCGCAGCACAGGUCGAAGAGCAUAGGGCAGACGGCAAAGAAGGACCGCAGGCCCAGGGGACGGACCAAGAAAGGACAGGGCUCCGCUGAGGCUGAGGAUCUCUCUGCCCCUCCUCGGAAACCCUCCUUCCCCUUCCAAUGGGCCUGGGAGAGCUUCACCAUAGAUGGCCAGACUCUGCUUCAGCCAAGAUCCCCUUCAGUCCCUGGCCACCAAGCCCUUCCCCGGUCCCGCAUGGCCCCCCAGCGCAAGUCCAGGCCCCAUUCCACGGCCAACCUCCCAGAAGAGCAAAACCUGGAGCGGAGACAGCAGCUUGGGGCCUGGGGUGGCAUCCCCAUCCCUCCUGGCAAAGAAGACAGCCAAGGGCCGGAGCCACCCAGUGAGUGUGGCCUCUGGCCACCUGGGAAGACGUCAGGGUCUGGAUCAGAGUCUGAGGAGGCCGUUGAGCUGGAAGGGCCGAGUGCCGCCGAGGAGGCUGAGGGGGGUCUGAGCCCUGGGGAACUGCCCCAGCUCCCCAGGAGGGGGUCGGCCUUGGAGGAGGAGUUCUCAGAGGCUACAGAAGAGGCUGAGGAGGAGGAGCCUAGGGCCCCUUCCAGAAGGAGCAACAGUUCUCAGAAAAAGGGGCAGAAUUCUGGAGAGGAGGCCUUGGAUGAGGGGGAACUGCAGGGCCAGAGCCCAGGAAGCAGCUCCAGCUCCAACAACCUCCAAGAGCUACAGAGGAGGAAGCCAGGCACCAAGGAGCAGGAGGGGCCGGGGGACCUGGAAAAGCCGCACAGGCAGCUACAGCAAGACUGGCACUGUGGCCCCCAACAACAUCCCUGGAAGGCUUUGCGGGCUGCUUUCCAGGCCUCCAACCAGAGUGGGAAAGCCCAGGCCUUCGGAUAUGAAACCUUCCCAUUUGCCAACUUCCCUAAUCGCACUUUCCACAAACGACAUGAGGCCACCAGAAGCCUACUGCAGGCCUGGGAGAGGCAGCAGCAGGCGGAGCGGCAGCAGGCGGAGCAGCGGCGUGCCCGGGAGCAGCGGGUGCAGCAGCAAGUGGCCCGCUGCCUGGCAGCCUACAAGCCCAAAGGGAGCCCGAGGCCCGGGGCCACCCAGCGCAAGCUGGAGGAGCUAAGGCGCCAGGAGCGACAGCGCUUUGCUGAAUACCAGGCAGAGUUGCAGGGCAUCCAGCACAGGGUGCAGGCCCGGCCCUUCCUAUUCCAGCAGGCCAUGCAGGCCAACGCCCGGCUUACCGUGACCCGGCGUUUCUCCCAGGUGCUGUCGGCACUGGGAUUGGACGAAGAGCAGCUGCUGGCUGAGGCAGGAAAGGGGGACACACAGGGCACCUCCAGGAAACCCAGGAGCCACAAGUUAAUGGGGGUGAGAACGGAGCACUCUUCUCAGAGUCCCCCAAGGACAGAAUCUACUGGCAGCCAGCCUGACAAGCAUUCCACCCCAAGCCUGGACCCGGAGUGCAGACCCUGAGAGAAAAAUUAAAGGCUUUAAGGCAAA